UUCCCUACAAAUAAAGAGAUGCACAUGAAAAAUCCAUGAAGAUACCAAGAAGACAGAUAAACCAAAACAAUCCACUUACCAAAAAUAUAAAAACAUUCAGACGCAACCAAACCAAUGUCAAACUACCCUUUAUAAUUACAUAGCCUUGUACACACAAAACAAAAGCAGAUGCAGAUGUAUUCUUGGAUUCUCAUGAAGUUUCAAUCAAGUAUGCUAUUCAUAGCAAUCCUUUCAUUUGGAUUAUUUAGAGUUAAAGCUCAGGUCCCUCCAUCUGAAGAUGAAGAUGUAGUUAGCAGUUUCCAGCCAAGCCUUGCUGUGGUUAUUGGUGUCCUCUCAAUCAUGUUUUCACUAACUUUUCUUCUUCUCCUCUAUGCCAAGUUCUGUCAUAUGGCAUCUUCUUCUGUUCGUAACAGCACCAAUAUUAUGCAUAUUCAAGAUGGACUUGUUCGAUCAGUACUGUCAUGUUCCUCAGGUAUCGAUAAAACUGUGGUGGAAUCACUUCCUUUUUUCAGAUUCUCUUUUAUCAGAGGGUCCAAACAAGGGCUUGAAUGUGUUGUUUGCUUAUCAAAAUUUGAAGAUAUUGAAAUCCUUAGAUUGCUGCCAAAGUGCAAACAUGCUUUUCAUAUUGACUGUAUUGAUAAGUGGCUGGAAAAACAUUCAACCUGUCCACUUUGCAGGCAUAAGGUCAGUGCUCAAGACCUGUCAUUACUUACUUAUUCGGACAGUUUGAGAUUCUUGUGGAACCAACCUGAGCUAAGAGAGGAAUCAAAUUUGGAACUAUAUAUUCAAAGAGGGGAAAAUGGAUCCUCAAGAUUUAGUAUUGGAAGCAGCUUUAAGAAGGAAGAAGAAUUGCCAAUACAAGAAAACAAUAUUGAUAAUCAACAAACAGAUUAUCAAAAUCAGAAAGCACUACACAGGUUCAAUCAUAGGAUUAUAGUCUCAGAUGUUGUCUUCAAGAAUCGAUGGAGUACUGUGACUUCUUCCGACCUUAUAUUCUUGAAUUCAGAAAUGCUCAAUAGCAUGGCAAGCAACAGAUUCUCAUCAAUGGACAGAAUCAGUGAGCAAUCCACGGCGAAAAGAGUGAUAGAAGAAGAUCAAAGAGUGAAUAUCAAGGAUGAAAUGGAAAGGAAAAGAUUGUUUGAGAGCAAAAUCCAGCAAAAUGAUUUAUCUCAAUUUCCAGAAGCCUCAGAAUCAAGAACCAAUUCAUCAAAAUCACUAAGUCAAAAUGAGAAAAAAUGCAUGUCAGAAAUUAUAGUGCAUCCAAGAUUCAUAGAUUUCAACAACAAGAACAUUGGUAAUAGAAAGCUUUUGGUUCCACAAAACAAUGUGAAUGAGGAAAGGAGGAGGAAGCUUUGGCUUCCAAUUGCAAGGAGAACAGUCAAGUGGUUUGCUAAUAGGGAAAGAAGGCCCGAAAACAGAAGACAAACACUAAAUGUAUAGACUUUUCAUAAGUAAGACAAUCUUUUUUUCUUC